AUGUGCAAGGAAGAGCAGGAGGAGCACUGCCAGAGCCCUGUGACCUCCAGCAGGCCACAAAUGUGCAUGUGUCUGCUCAAACGGUCAGAAACAGACUCCAUGACGGUGGUGAUCCACAGUAAGGCCCCCCUCUCCCCCCACCCCUCUCCAAGUAAGUCCCCCCACAGCCUCCCCCUCUCCAAUAAGUACCCCCACAGCCCCCCCUCUCCAAGUAAGUACCCCCACAGCGCCCCCCUCUCCAAUAAGUACCCCCACAGCCCCCCCUCUCCAAGUAAGUACCCCCACAGCGCCCCCUCUCCAAGUAAGUCCCCCCACAGCCCCCCCUCUCCAAGUAAGUCCCCCACAGCGCCCCCCUCUCCAAGUAAGUACCCCCACAGCGCCCCCUCUCCAACGCCCCCCUCUCCAAGUAAGUACCCCCACAGCGCCCCCUCUCCAAGUAAGUCCCCCCACAGCCUCCCCCUCUCCAAUAAGUACCCCCACAGCCCCCCCUCUCCAAGUAAGUCCCCCCACAGCCCCCCUCUCCAAGUAAGUCCCCCACAGCGCCCCCCCUCUCCAAGUAAGUACCCCCACAGCGCCCCCUCUCCAAGUAAGUCCCCCACAGCGCCCCCUCUCCAAGUAAGUCCCCCACAGCCCCCCCCUCUCCAAAUAAGUACCCCCACAGCCCCCACCCCUCUCCAAGUAAGUCCCCCCACAGCCCCCCUCUCCAAUAAGUCCCCCACAGCCCCCACCCCCUCUCCAAGUAAGUCCCCCCACAGCCCCCCCCCUCCAAGUAAGUACCCCCACAGCCCCCACCCCCUCCAAGUAAGUCCCCCACAGCUCCCCCCUCUCCAAGUAAGUCCCCCACAGCCCCCCUCUCCAAGUAAGUCCCCCCACAGCGCCCCCCUCUCCAAUAAGUACCCCCACAGCCCCCCUCUCCAAGUAAGUCCCCCACAGCCCCCCCCCUCUCCAAGUAAGUCCCCCCACAGCGCCCCCUCUCCAAGUAAGUCCCCCCACAGCCCCCCCCUCUCCAAUAAGUCCCCCACAGCGCCCCCUCUCCAAGUAAGUACCCCCACAGCCCCCACGCCCCCCUCUCCAAGUAAGUCCCCCACAGCCCCCCCUCCCAAUAAGUCCCCCACAGCGCCCCCCUCUCCAAGUAAGUCCCCCACAGCCCCCCCUCUCCAACGCCCCUCUCCAAGUAAGUCCCCCACGCCCCCCUCUCCAAGUAAGUCCCCCACAGCCCCCCCUCUCCAACCUCCCUCUCCAAGUAAGUCCCCCCACAGCCCCCCUCUCCAAGUAAGUCCCCCCACAGCGCCCCCCUCUCCAAGUAAGUACCCCCACGCGCCCCCCUCUCCAAGUAAGUACCCCCACGCGCCCCCCUCUCCAAGUAAGUACCCCCACAGCCUCCCCCUCUCCAAGCCCCCCGCGCCCCCUCUCCAAGUAAGUACCCCCACGCGCCCCCCUCUCCAAGUAAGUACCCCCACAGCCUCCCCCUCUCCAAGUAAGUCCCCCCACGCCCCCCCCUCUCCAAGUAAGUCCCCCAAAGAGCCCCCUCUCCAAGUAAGUACCCCCACGCGCCCCCCUCUCCAAGUAAGUCCCCCAGCCCCCCCUCUCCAAGUAAGUCCCCCAAAGAGCCCCCCUCUCCAAGUAAGUACCCCCACGCGCCCCCCUCUCCAAGUAAGUACCCCCACAGCCCCCCCUCUCCAAGUAAGUCCCCCCACAGCCCCCUUAGACAGGCGCUGCAUCCCACUGUUCACACUGUGCAAGGGAGACAAACAAGUCUAA